AUGCUAAAGGAAAUUCACUUUCUUCUGAAAGAGACACAUGCCCUUUUGGAUAAAAACAGCCCCGAGCAAAAAGACGACAUACACAGCAAGAUUGUGGGAAUAUAUCUAACCCUGCAGGAGUACACCAAAGAGGACAGAGAGGUCCUAAUAGAGAAAUACAACGAGCUGGUGGACCGAGGGAAAGCUGCAGGAAUCUCAAAAAUUAAGAAGAUUGCUGCAAUCAGGCCUGUGGAAACAACAAGCACAAAAAAAAGAGAGCCAGCAGGAAACGACGCAAAAUCCGAAAAAAUAGCUGCUUCGAUUCUUGACCACAGCAAAACCCUGAAAAAAAAGGUCGAGUCUUUUGGGCAGAUGCUGGAGAACAGCAAGUCCUCAGUUGAUGCGGUUUCAUCCCGGGUUCGCGAGAACGUGAAACAUGUCCAGAAGGGCGUGUCUUCCCUGGAAAACAAAGAGUGGUACAGCCUGAGCACAGGGCAGGUGGCUCUUUUGCUGGUGAUGGUUCUUUUGGCCUUUGUUGUGAUGUACUUGCUGAUCCGAGCCAUUUAG